AUAAUAUGCUACCCCGUGCUCUGUGGCACCCGUAAUCUUCUGUUGAGCAGCUGCUGAGUCCCAGGCUUGCUUUGUGAUGCUGGAGUCUGCCUGCAGCCAAAUACCCCUGAUCCUUCUCAGACUCCUAAUUGCAUCCCCAGAGCUUUCUACAGAGGUCCCCUCCCCAUGAGCAGCAUCUCUUUGUAGUGCUUCCAUGCAACAAGGCUGGCUGGUUGGGCUGUGGAAGAGUUUGGCAAGGCUCGUAGACUCGGGAGUGAAAGUGCAGCUACAGGGCCCCACUUUGGCCAUGCAUUCAGGGCAGCCUGUGGUUAGACCUUGAGCAGAGGGAAAAUCUCCUUGAAAAGUUCAUCCUCCCUUUGAGUUCUGAAGAAAAUGAGUCACUGACUGUGCAAUCCCCUUCCUUCCCCUCACUUUCCCCCACGCACCCAAAAUCCCCAGAGUGGGACCUGCCAGCAGCCAGUGAUUCAGAAAUUCAUGGUAUGAGAGCGCUGAAGAAUCAGAAACAUGCCCCUAUCACUGAAUGGUGGGGAGAAACCAAUCUGGAAAAGGACUAGAUGGUGCUGGGGGCUCCACUUUGAUCCUGGCCCACAUCUGCAGUACCACUUCCUGGCCAUUCACAUCUCUGAUGGUUUCUGUCCCGUGGGCAGGACUUGAGCUCCGUCGCUGGCAGUGGCAGCAGAAGCCAAGGGCCGAGCUCGCCAUGGAGACCAACUCUUUCCUCACCCUGCAUACGGAGGGGAGAGUCACUGGCACAGGGUGUGGGGGAAGUUUGCCCCGCUGCUGCCCCGGCUGUACCUAUUCUAGGCUUAGACCGAGACCCUCUGUUUCCAGCCCUGCACUCUUCAGCAGCCCUGACUUGCCAUUAACACCCCCUCCUCCAUGGCUGGUUUAGAUGUGACCAGUUCAGAGUGUCUCGACUCCGACUGUCCGGAAGCAGGAGCUGUUAAGGGGGUCGUGUCUGAAGGGGGGGGAGGACAACCAGGACCUGGCUUGGAAGAGGACUGGCUGUGGUGGACUGUCUCAGUGCUUAGAGUGGGGUGAGGAGGGACAGUGGCAGUGGUGCAAAGGAUGGGGCCACGGGCAGGUGGCUUUGGAGCAAGGCCACUUUUUGGGGAGGGGGGAGCAGUGCCAGUUAGCUCUAAGCACAGAGGGUGUUCUAUCCAUAUGAAGCUAUUGACAGCAGGUCUCGGGGAGGAGGGGGAGGAUUUGAGCUGCACCCUGCCCCCUGAGCUCAAGAUCAGUUGCAUGUACAUAGGGCUGGUCUGAGAUGUGUUCUUAGCAGUCUUGUGUUGUGUUACCUUGUGAAGGCUUCAGUGUCUUUGGAGGGGCAGUUCAUGGGGAAGGGACCUGUGGAGCUGGGCAUAAGAAGGUGUUAUCCCUGUUGCCUUUCAUCGCCAAGGAUCCCAAAACACUUGACAAUCUCGCCACCUCUGAAAUGCAGCCACCUCUGGGGUGGAGGGGCCCUCCAGCUGGAACGUAGCACGCUGCACACCAGCAGGAGAGAAGAGGGGACUUAGGUGGAGGGGGCAGGGGCAAACCCAUGACGCGAUAGAAAGGGCCAUGGAAUCUUUGCUGGGCUCUCCGGCAGAGCCUGGUGCUGGGAUAGCUACUCAGAGCAGAAGCGAGAGUUGGCAGUGGGGAAAGCAGGCAGGUUGCUGGAGUUUCCAGCCUAGAGCAGGGCCAACCCAUCUCUGUGUCUCUGCAGAGCCCUUGGAGUGACUGACUGACUGAUUGUGAAUCUCUUGCCGCUCGAGGUGAAAACUCCCUCUGUGUUUCAGAAGGAUAGGAAAUGGUUUGCAUAGCUCUCCCCAGCACCGCCCCCUGGGGUCACACAGCUAGCCUGGCAGCGUUGUGGCAAGCUGGCUACUCCUUUGGACUGGCACCUGACUAAGGGGUGUGUGUGUGUGGAAGGGCUUAGAGACUGUGGAGUGUAUUCAGGGGAGUCAGUGUUCCAGACUGACACCUGACUAAGGGGUGUGUUUGUAUGUGUGGAGGGGCUCCGUCUGUGUGUGUGUGUGUAGGUGUUCACAGACUUUGGGAUGUGUGCAGAGGAGUCGAUGUUCCGGACUAGUACACGACUAAGGCCCGGCCCAGGUCCCGGUCCCGCAGUGCAGCCCGGCUCCGCCAUGGACGAGCCCUACAACGCGUGCCUGGAUGGGAUCGACUAUGACGACUUCCAGUUCAGCUCCCACAUGAUGGAGCAGAAGGAGCCGCUGAUGGAGACGGCCGAAGGUCCGUAUCUCAUCAUCAUCGAGCAGCCCAAACAGCGCGGGUUCCGGUUCCGGUACGGCUGUGAAGGCCCCUCACAUGGUGGGUUGCCUGGAGCAUCCAGUGAGAAGGGACGCAAGACUUACCCCACUGUCAAGAUCUGCAACUACGGAGGCGUGGCACGGAUCGAGGUGGACUUGGUGACCCACAGCGACCCUCCACGAGUGCAUGCUCACAGCCUAGUGGGGAAGCAGUGCAACGAGGCUGGCAAUUGCAUCGUGACCGUGGGACCUAAGGACAUGACGGCACAAUUCAACAACCUUGGGGUGCUCCACGUGACCAAGAAGAACAUGAUGGAGAUCAUGAAGGACAAGCUGAAGCAGCAGAAGAUACGCAAUAGAAAUCAGGCACUGACCGAGUCUGAGCUGCGUGAGAUUGAGGUGGAGGCGAAGGAGCUGAAGAAGGUGAUGGACCUGAGCAUCGUGCGCCUCCGUUUCACUGCCUACCUCCGUGACAGCAAUGGGAACUUCACGCUGCCCCUCAACCCUGUCAUCUCAGACCCGAUCCACGACAGCAAGUCACCUGGGGCUUCCAACCUGAAGAUCUCACGGAUGGAUAAGACGGCUGGCUCGGUGCGGGGAGGGGACGAGGUCUACUUGCUGUGCGAUAAAGUUCAGAAAGAUGACAUUGAGGUGCGGUUCUACGAGGAUGAUGAGAACGGCUGGCAGGCCUUCGGAGACUUCUCCCCUACGGAUGUUCACAAGCAGUACGCCAUCGUCUUCCGCACACCGCCCUACCACAAGCCCAAGAUCGACCGCCCCGUCACUGUCUUCCUGCAGCUGAAACGGAAGCGUGGGGGGGACGUGAGCGACUCCAAGCAGUUUACCUACUACCCAGUGGUGGAAGAUAAGGAGGAGGUGGAGAGGAAGCGGAAGAAGGUGCUGCCUCAGUUCCCCCAGCACUUUGGUGGGGGCUCACACAUGGGAGGGGCCGGCGGGGGAAGCAGUGGCUUUGGCUCUGGUGGAGGUGGAAAUCUAAACUAUCCGUACUCCUCGGGGCUGACUUACAACAACAUCUACUCAUCUGGCCCCCACCCUGUGGGCGGCUACCAAGGUGGGGUGCAGAUGACCAGGGCCACCAAGAUGGAAGAGGAGGGGAAUGGCAAGCACCUGCCUGCGGAGACUGGGAAGCAGCCCUGCCCUCCAGAGGAGAGCCACUGGCAGGAGCUGCAUCACCACGCCCAGCUCUGCAGUAUGAGGAUGCUGGCUCUGGCUCAGCGCAGUGCCCAUGCCCUGCUGGACUAUUCGGUCACUGCUGACCCACGCAUGCUGCUGGCCGUGCAGCGGCACUUGGCCGCCUCCCAGGAUGAGAACGGAGACACGCCUUUGCAUCUUGCCAUCAUCCAUGAGCAGACGACUGUGAUCGAGCAGCUGAUCCAGGUCAUCCUCAGCAUCCCCAACCAGCAGAUCAUCAACGUGGCCAACCACUUGCAGCAGACUCCCUUGCACCUGGCAGUUAUCACCAAGCAGCACCAGGUGGUGAGGUUACUGCUGCAGGCCCAGGCAGACCCCACCCUGCUGGAUCGCUACGGCAACUCGCUGCUGCACCUGGCACUCCAGACAGGCGACGAGGCCAUGCUGAAGACGUUGCUGGGGCACCUGGACUCCUCCGGCCCCUGUCUGCUCAGCACACCCAAUUAUCAUGGCUUGCUCCCCGUGCACCUGGCUGUGAGGGUGAAGAGCCUGGCCUGCCUGGACUUGCUGGUGAGGAUGGGAGCAGACGUGAAUGCCGUGGAGCGGCAAGGUGGCCGGACGCCCCUGCACCUGGCCGUGGAGAUGGAGAACCUCAACGUGGCCGGCCACCUGGUUAAGAAGCUGGGAGCGCACGUCAAUGCUCGGACGUUUGCUGGAAACACCCCUCUGCACCUGGCUGCAGGCCUGGGCUCCCCCAUCCUCACCAAAAUGCUCAUCAAAGCAGGAGGGGAUGUCUUCUGUGAGAACGAUGAGCCGGUGAGGUCGUCCUCGUCCGAAGCCAGCAGCGACACGGACAGUGGGCCCGAGGAGCAGGAGGCAGACAUGGAGCUGGGAGAUUCGGACACAGAGCGCACAGAUACCAGCACCGCUGCAGAGCACAGAAGCAGGGAGCCUGGCACUCGGGGUGCAAGGCAGCGGCGGAGACACACACCGCUUGACUUAACCAGGAGCCACAAGGUGCGGGAGAUCUUGCUGCAUGCCUCGCGGCAGGGCCCGGAGUUGGAGCAGCCUGCCGCCCCCAGGCCAGAGACCAUCCUGUCACUCGACAGCAACACCCUGCAGGGCCUGGAGCAGUUACUGAACCAGGACCGCAGAGGCUCGGAUUGGACUGAGCUGGCCCGGAGACUGGGCCUGCGCAGCCUUGUGGAGACGUACAAGGACACAGCCUCCCCCAGCGGGAGCCUCCUGCUCAGUUAUGAGCUUGCUGGCGGCAGCCUGGGGGACUUGCUGGAGGCGCUGGACUCCAUGGGGCUCAGCGAGGGAGUGAGGAUACUUCGCAAAGCAGAGACUGCCGACAAGCUGCAAAGCACAGAGCUCAAGGAGGACAGUGCCUAUGGGAGCGAGUCAGUGGAAGAGGAGCAGCCGCCGACCCCACCGCUGAAGUCGCACCCGCUGCCCUCUGCAGAGCUGCUUGGCGAGCCCCCUCACAGCCAGCAGCAGCAGGUGCAUUGACCUGCCGGUGCCUCCCUCUGGUCCCGGGGUAGCCCGGCUGUGACUGACACUUUGGAGGGAAAGAGCUGCGGCAGGCUCGGAGCCCCCGCACUGCCCACGGAUUGAAUACAAGUGCCUCUUGGCCCCAGAAUGGGCUGCCCAUGCCUCUUCGACUCUCCUCUGGUAGGGCUGGCCACAGCCUGGCAGGCCCUGCUGUGCAGAACCCAGCCCCCUCUCUGCUCUUAUUUAAAGAUCCCUCAUCAGGUUUCUUGGUUUAGGUGAAUAAAGGGUGUGACUCCUA